AUGAAGCGUGCUGGUUUUGUCUGGAAUGAGGACUCUGUUAUGGGAAUGAUUUUUCAAACUGGCGUGCCUACUGAUUAUACCAACAUCAACAUAACCCUCAAUGCUAGACUCCGCACCAAUCCGGCCACGACUAUAUCUGCUAAAGAAGUUGAAGAAGCGAUCCGGGCUGAGAAACACAACAAGCCGGACGAUCUUCUCGUGAAUCAACUGACCCUAAAUGAUACCGAUCAACAUUCACCGUUGAACAUCAACGCUGUCUCUCGUCAACAACGCUUACCUACACCACGUUUUUUACCUCCGCCUCAAAAUGUACAACGUCCAACGAACCAACCUAGCUAUCGUCAACGUACCGGCCCAAACUAUAGACCACCCGCCCCGCAAAAUCGAGAACCUCGUGCUUACUCUAACAACAACAUGACUACGACCAUGCCUCGUAUUACCAACGCGCCGCCUGGUACCCAAAUCAAUUAUCACCCCGGACCAAAACUCACACCUUACAACCAAUGUCUAGCUUGUGGAAACACGGGACACUGGGUACGGGGUUGUCCAUUGUAUCGUGGCGGAUCUGGUAGCUCCAGGAACCAAGGACUUCGAAUGAAUCUUGUUAAUGCCAAUGAUAACGAGUUCGUUGCGGAGCCUGACGGUACUUAUCCUUCGGAUGCUGAACCUACUGGUGUCGAUGAGCAACCAGAUGGCAUAUGGGCCUCUGAGAGUCAUCUGACCAAGGAAUGGGACAACCCGGAUGAAGGAGUGAGUGACACUGGUGCCACCCACAUGAUCACAGGAGACCUUAGUCGGUUAACUGAUGUUCAUAUCCUAUCUAGACCGAUUCCAAUCUCCGUGGCAACGAAGAGCAAUAGAGCAUUUGUUACUGCGAAAGGCACUCUUCAUAUUUGUGCAGAUGAUGGGUCAUCCAUCCCGAUCAAGAACACAUACUACUCUCCGGCAGCACAACGUACACUUAUCUCAAUUCCCGAAAUUGUUGAAUCUGGAGGAUCUUGGAUGGGAGGCAACGGCGAAAGCUAUAUGUCUGACAAAACCGGACAUUUGUCCAAAUGUGCCUCCUCGUGA